ACCGCCAGUCAGCGCCAGUCAGUCAACAACCAAAGAAGGAGCAGCAUCAGCCCAAAUAAAGCGGUGUUAUUCAGUGUGAUUGGCAGGCGCGAGCGGUGAACGUCCGUCCGCGUCGUGCCGCUGUGCUGUUCCUACCAUACCUAGGUCGGUUCGAUUAAAUUCACAUGAAUCACAGUCAUGUGAAUCAAAAGAGAAUGGGCCAUUGAUUGUAUAUUACCACAAGGUUAACCCGAAAAUAAAUGAGCUCGGCCUCAGUCGCUUGCACCGCCAGGGGGUGAAUCUUUGCAAGGAUGCUGGACCGACGCCUGACCAACGGCAAGCUGAAGAAGUUCAUUCUGGGCAUUAUCAUUCUUACAUUUCUCAUCGGGUUUAUCUAUAACACCGCUGCACCUCGAAAAUACGUCGAAUCAACUAGUGAUUUUGGCUCUGUGGAGGGCUGGGAGUAUAACACCUCCAGGGAUGCUAGUUUAUACUUGGACAACUCUAGCAGUAUUCUCAAACCAAAGCACUUUUGUGAGUCGGUCGUCUUCCUGCGCGUUGUCGUAUCUUCAGCGCCGGUAAACCUGCAGAAUCGCGUCGCAAUACGUGAAACAUGGGGAUCACAGCACAAUAUCUCAGGCAUGAGCAUAAAAGUUUACUUCUUGCUCGGAGAUUCCACGAAUGCAUCGGUCCAGGCUGAUAUCAUCAAAGAAAACGAAAUCUACAACGACAUCGUGCAGGAGCGAUUCAUUGAUUCGUAUAAUAAUCUCACACUCAAGAGCAUCGCGAUGUUGAAAACCUUCUCGACGUUCUGCAUGCAAACAACCACGUUCCUGAUGAAGACCGACGAUGACAUGUACCUCAACAUGCGGCCAUUGAUCUCAAUGUUAAACUCUACGAAUACUACGAAUGUCAUGGUUGGGAGUCUCAUAUGCGGUGCUAAACCCAUUAAAGAUAUUAACAACAAAUGGUACACGCCGUCGUAUAUGUAUCGUGAUCGGAUUUACCCAAAUUACCUCUCUGGAACUGGGUAUGUUAUGUCCAUCGACGUGGUUCCUAAACUCUACGAGGCGGCACUCAUUACGCCAAUCUUCCAUCUAGAAGACAUCUACAUAACCGGUAUGUUGUCGAGGGUGAUACACGUGCGUCCACGUAACAAUGGCGGUUUUACCUUCCAAAAGCGUAAGUUUGAUCCAUGCGUCUUCAAAACAGCGUUCACGUCGCACAGACUCUCACCGUCGGAGAUCCACGAUCAGUACCUGCUGCUGGAGACGCUCGACCUCGCCAUGGAGUGCAAGCUGCAGGAGGAGAUGGCGGCGCGUUCGCUCAAUAAUCUCUUGGGUAUUUUCACGAUGACAAAGAGUAAGCCAAAGAAAAAGAAGAUUGUCUGCUUUUAAGCCGAGUUUUCUCUGUGUAAUUCUAUUCGUGAGUUAAUUUCGCGCCACUUAUUUUUAGAAUGUGAUUGAUUUUGCGGGAAACAAACGUAACACAGAGAACUUGUUGAUUAAUUAAUUGCCAAUGCUAAUGUUUGUACAUAAGAUAUAUAAUUAAUUACGAAGACAAAAACCAAACUAGUGAUAUAAUUGAUAAGAAACAAAGUAUUUUCAACACACGUAUGCGAGGAGGGCGUGCAGCGAGCAAAAAACACCAAUGUUUUUAAGCAGGCAGAUGCGAAUGAAGGAAGGUAAUUCUUUUGAAACAAGUUAUUAUGUUGUACUAACCUGCGUAUGAUGAAAACCCCAAUUUUAAGACUAACAAACACAUUAUAAACAUGUAUGUACCUUAACAAACAAACAUAACUAAUGCUAGCAGUACUAAAAGUCCAUUAUAUUCAAUUAACUAACUAUACGAUAAAGAAAAUCAUGUUAAACUUAAUCACCGCGAGUUCAACUAACUGUUUUUAACGCUAUGGGAAAAGUUUAGUGGAAAAUUGUCAAAAGUUUGUGCUUCCUUGAACCAAAAAAAAAAAACUAACAAAACAAGUUGAAAUCAAAAUGAUUAACGCGGUUUAAACGUAGUAUGUAAAUUUUCCAUCAUUCCUGCCUCGUUACUAACCAAUUGUAACACAAGUGUUAAGCAUAGAAGAGAUUGAAUGAGAGUUUGUCGUGUUUUAGGAUUUGAGCCGCCAGAAAAUCAAUGUAGAAAACGUGAGUGCUAUGCGCUUUAAAUUCCAAAUACUAAGGACGAGAGUGUGAUAGUUAUAAAUAAUUUUAUACGUACUGAUCUCUGGCGUUUUAAUCGUGUAGAUAUUCCAACACCAACAAAUACAUUUUGUAGAUCUGAA